UCUUUGAAACAGGAAGCGACAUUUCAAGGUUGAGGAAUAAACUAGUCAUUGAUUAAUCUUGCCGCCAUUCUGCAUCGUAUUAUUAUCAACCAAAACAAGCAUGAUCGCUCAACUACUCAGUUUUGUAUUUUUCAUUGGAAAAAAAAGAAAAAGAAAAAAAGAACAUCAUUAUCUGUAGUGAAUACAACUUAAACCUUUCUAAUGUUGAUACAGAAACACUGGAGGAGUAAUCUGUUGUGUUUUGCAGUCAUGGAGAACGAUUUCUCAAGACGUCAGUGAAACUUCAGUGUGCGUAAACGUGGGAGAGACAAGACGCACAGAAGUAAGUGACGGUAGCCAAAGGAUCAAAGUCUCACGUUAGCAACCAUUGCAUUAUUACGCAGGUAGAUAUAGUGACAGACCUAGUGCAGAGUGCAAACUAUAGUAUUCAAGUAAAAGGUACUCAAAGGGGGCGUGUUACGUUCAAAAACCACCUUGACACAGCCAACCCAAAUGGGUGACCUCUAAAAUGUCAACCUCUUUUAUACUGAUCAACUUGCUAAUUCUUCAUUAAUAUUUCAAGAUAGUUAUACAGCUACAAUGGUUAGCUGGUUUUACUUCUAAGUUCAACCACAAACUUGAAAUCUUAAACAAUUUGUGGCAAUGGGAGAAAGUGGAACGAGGAAAUAAACGCAUAUGAAUCUAUAAUGAGAUGUGCCUAAAAUAACUGUCAUACACGAUUGCCAUAACUGCGGUAUUAACAAACACUUAAUCAUGCAUGCAAUAAAUCAGAAAAUCAAAAAACUAUAUUGUAUUUCAGUUAGCAACUUUCAGUAACUACGAUACGCUGCCGCUUCCUCUGCUAUCACGUCAUUACACGUUUAUAAUAUUAAAUGACAAAAACAGACCAAUUAAAACUACUAAUUUUGCUAAUAAAUAAUGCAACCUGUAACUCACCUUUCGUGUUUAGAGCUUUAGCAGUUCGUGCGGAUCCCGAGCUAUUCCUGCUCCCUUUAAGAGCUGUCUUCUUGUCACACACACAUCUGCGCAGCGGUUUAGCUCACAGCCAUAGCUCAGUCCAGUUCGGACUUCUGAUUGGAUAGCAGCAGCGUCUGUCAAGAAAAGAACCAAUGAGAACGCGGUGAUGUUCUGAAAAGGCAGGACAUGCUAAUCUUGACCUGAAAGCGUCACCUUUGCUGCCCUCUACGGUGGACGGCAGAUCGGAUCUCGACUUCUGGUUUACAUCUGUCUCUAAUCUCUUUUAAUCCGCGCACAUGGACAGCACGGCGGCUAUAGGCAGAGAUAACAGCAUUAAACGUAGAUGCUGUAGUCGACACAGAAAUUUGCUCCCAUUCUGCCACAGCUUCAGAUGAACGUUUGAUUCACAAACAGUGAAUCUAUGGUGAUGAGAUGAGCAACCCAGGCUGCAGGAAGGUGACAGCAUUUGAGUGGGCACCUCUCCACCACCUCUCCACCCUCCUCCAACCUCUCCCCCAGCAAGAACCUGCUACCACGCACUUAAAAGUCUUUAAACAAGACACAGAAAGGUCUCGGUAAUAAGUGCAAAUGGAACUGCCAUUUAAAUUAUAUUUGCAUCACAUGGGGAAGUGUUUGAACACAGCUCAAAGCUCACCACUGUCUGGCAUUUAAUGAAAAUAUAAGUAGGCAAUAUAGCAUCGUUAUUUUAAGAGGAAGAGAGAAACUGUCCACCAAAUACAGGAAAACAGUCUUUUACCAUUUCUUACAGAGUUUGACUCAGCAUUCUCAACAUUCUGUCUGAUCUGCUCUGAUUUUAGUUUUAUUAAAGUCGCAGUAUAUAAUUUCAUUGCCUAAAAAGUAGACAAAAUUGUGUGAAAUAACAAAUAAUGCAUCCUUAUUGUGACGCUUGCAUCCCCACAAAUGAUUUGGUCUGAAAAAGGGCUUCCUUCUGCUUGUUUCUGUGUUGUUCCUUAGACUAUAUAUUUCAUAUAUUGGCAUAAAACAUCUAUCUCAAUAGAAAAAAAUAUGAAUUAUGUUUUUAACUUUCUAUUUCCAUGGAACUGUUGGUGACGUGCCACCUAAAAUAAAAUAAAGUGUUACCUAUCAUCAGUUGACCAGAUUCUUAAUAUCUUCAAAAUUACAAGUUAAAUUCAAAUAGUGAAGAGAAAUUUAAAUAUAUCCCCUAUGUUCUUGUGAAACACUAUUGUAUUGUAAAUAGACUACAGCUAAUAUAAAGUGUAAUCACAAAAAAUGUUAACGUGAAUUAAACUAAAGGGUAAGUAAGAUAAUUUACAUACUUUAAGAAGUGAUGGUGAUUUCCUGUUUGUGACGUUGGCUUCACAUUUGGGCUGCUGCCUGGAGCCAUACCACUAAAAUGACGUGAGUCGCGAGUGCCUGACGACGCUAAAUGGCAGCACUUGAAAUAGCCCACCUGCCAGUCUACGCUCCCAUUUGCGUGCGCUCUCCCCAGCCACAUCCGCUGCGCACAAGUGCAUUUCAGUACCAGGACAGCUCCCGUUGUCUUGCACACAUUAACCCGCAAAAGGUGGAAAGUAGACUGAACUUUUUAACCGAAGAUGGACAUCGAGCGCCCCUCUAACGUAACACUUUUUGAUUUCGUGGGGGGGCUACAGUUGCUCCGAAACAGUAACAUCAGGACAGCCAUCCCCGUGAUCCUGAUCGGAGUGUGCGUGUCCGGAGCGCUGUGUAACCUCCUCGUGCUGCUGGUUUUCAUCCGUGAUUUCAGAAAAGGAAGAGGCUCAGAAGUAAAGGCGCUCCUCGCUUCCCUUGCAUCCACAGACUUGCUCAUCUUGUUACUGUGCGCUCCGGUGCGCGCUGUCACAUACUACAAACAGAUAUGGACUUUGGGGAGCUUUGUUUGCAGGACCACGGACUGGUUUCAGCACUCAUGUAUAGUGGCCAAAACUCUAAUUUUAGCCGCGACAACCAGAUCUAAGCACACUUUCAUGGCAGAAGAUGAGGAUGGCUUCCAAAAUGCUACCUGGAUCCACGGAGCUCUUGUGUUCGUUUGGCUCGUCGCUAUGUUAUUUUCUCUACCGCAGCUGCUGUUUGCUACUCAGGUGCCAUACAGUUUGGACGAGGUAAUUUGCGUCUCAGAGAUGCCCGUGUGCGCAUCUGAGUUCAUGAGUCUCUUCUAUAAGAUCUACCCAACUGCGGUGUUUGUGGUGCCAAUCAUCUUUACGCUCGCGUACUACACCAAGACGCUCCACGGUGCGGUCAAUAACGCGCCAAAUCCACGACACCAGAGUAAAGUUACACUCGUUUUGUUGUGUCUGAGUGGCGCGUUGGGGCUCAUGCUUUUACCGGAGUGGGGGACUUUCACCUGGAUACGACUCGGCUUUAACCGACCGCCCGUGGGGUUGUUAAUCUUCGCCAAUGUUUUGUUUUACACGUGCAGUUCGGUCUUCCCCGUGCUUCUCAUGACAAUGUACGACGAUGUGCGCCAGGGACUCGUAUCCCUUUGGUACAUUGUGACCUGCAGACCGCGCAAACAUCCGCCAGCAACUGUGUGCAAGUUGUGCGUAAAACCAGAUGGAAAUGGUGCAGAGGCGUGUGCUAAUGAAGUGUCCUCCAACGCCAAAGACAAAACAUUUCCAGACGUGGAGCACUUUUGGACAGGACGCAGAAAUACGCACGUAGAAGAUGAGCAAGACCCAGUCCCGUGGGAAAAAGACGAGAAAAUGCUGCAAAUGGGAAUGGAGUCUAAUCAAACUGACUCAAAACAACAGGAGUGCGCGUAAAGUGGGCGACAUCUGAAUGUAAAAUGACAAAUGACUGGCAGUGGUGAAUCUCUAAAAGCUUUUAACGUGAAAGUUAACAAUUACAGGUAGUUCUAAGAUGGUUCACUGUAAUUGGACAAUACCCCUUCUUCUCUGUCAAUGGGACUCUGAGAUUUACUAUUGAGGUGUGUUGUAUAAUACCUGUGCUAUGGGCGUUAUGUUUUUAUGGCUCAGACAUUGCAAUCAUGUCCUUAAAUAAUAUAUGAAAUUUUAUUUAGAUAUAUAGAUUUAGAUAUAGAUUACCAACUUAAUCUCCACAUAUAACUUAACAUCACAAAAAGAUAAACAACAUAAAGUAAAAUUUAUCAUGACUGGCCACUGGUGUAGCAGCUAGCUGCUGGGUAAGUUCAGUCCACAUGUGACCCUAAGAGGCAUAAGACAAUUAAAUAUAUUUUUAAAUGCCCCCAAAACCAAAAGCCAUAAAAAUUUUAUGGUGGCCAUUUUGAUGAGCCCUGUGUAGUCUAAGGGAGAAAAAUGUGUUACCUUUUGAAUAAUGGCAUUUGUGUUGUAUUUUGAAAGAUGUUGUCAUGAGUUGCUGUAACAUAUUUGUACACUUGUAAAUGUCAAUGUUUUCAUGUGUUUUUACCUGGACCCUUUGCUAUAGUCUUUAAUAUGAAUAGGAGAUUUUAC